AUGGGUUUUGGUCAAGUAGUAAUUGGACCACCAGGUUCAGGUAAAACAGUUUAUUGUAAUGGUAUGUCACAAUUUUUACAAUCUAUUGGUAGAAAAGUAUCAAUUAUAAAUUUAGAUCCAUCAAAUGAGAAUAUACCAUAUGAACCAGCAGUAAAUAUACAAGAAUUAAUUGAUUUUCAAACAGUAGUGAAUGAAACCGACCUAGGACCAAAUGGUGGGUUAAUUUUUUGUAUGGAAUAUUUAGAAAAGAAUUUAGAUUGGUUAAAAGAAAAAUUAUUACCACUAAAAGAUCAUUAUAUAAUAUUUGAUUGUCCUGGUCAAGUUGAAUUAUAUACACAUUAUAAAAUUAUAUCAAACAUUUUAGAUAAUAUUAUGAAAUGGUCAUUUAGAUUAACAGUUAUUCAAGUUUUUGAUUCAUUUUAUUGUAAAAAUCCAAGUAAUUUUAUAUCAAUUUUAUUAGUGUCAUUAUCUGGUAUGGUUAGAAUUGAAUUACCACAUAUUAAUGUAUUAUCAAAGAUGGAUUUAAUUGAACAAAAUGGACCAUUAGAUUUUAAUUUAGAUUUUUAUACAGAUGUAUUGGAUUUGAAAUAUUUAGAUGCAUUCCUUGAUAAAGAUCCACGUUUAAAAAAGUAUAGUAAAUUGAAUAAAGCGAUUGCAGGUGUUAUAGAAGAUUUUAGUUUGGUUAGUUUCAUACCAUUGAAUAUAAUGGACAAGAAAUCUGUUGCAAACCUAAUUGCAUCAAUUGAUAAAAGUAAUGGUUAUAUAUAUGGUUCACUCGAUACAAAUACUGCCAUUUUAGAGAUUCAAGAAAGAGAAACUCAAUGGAAUUUCGAUAAAUAUCAAGAAACUCAAGAGAAAUAUUAUAAAUCAUACGAAGAUGAUGAUGUUAUCUUUGAAAAUGAUCAAGAUGAAGAUUAUGAUGAAUUUAGUAAAUAUUUAAAUAGAUAA